CUGUUUGAGUAAUUGCCAUUACUUUAAACAGUGAUCAACUGUGUAGAAUAAUGGCUUUGUAGAAGUGGGGAUCUGUGUGGAAAUGCCUUCUGAAGGGAGCUGGGGCUGUCAUGUGUAAAUCGGUGUGUGGUUGGGUGGCCGAGCUAUGUGGUUCCCGCCCGGCGCGGGGCUCGAACCGGCAACGUCCGGAGCCGCAGUCGGGCGCCCUACCCCUGAGCCGCGCCCCCGGCGCGGGGCUGUCGGGCGGGCGUUUGGCGGGAAGAGAUGGCUCAGGGGCAGCGCGCCGGGCUGGGGACCGGCAGGUCACCGGUUCAACCCCCGCAACCCACCGCGCUCUUUAGCAACGCCGUUCGGCACCGCAGGGGAGAGCUUUCGCUCGGGGACACCCCAACUGCCGCUUCGACUACCGCCGGCUGAUGGCGGAGAGGAAACCACCCGCAGGCCCGCUCCGUACGGCGCCGGCGGCGCUUGGGGUACCGCACCCGCAGGGACAGCAGCGGAGCCCCGCGUACUCCACGCCGUUCGACUGCUCCUUUACCCGGGGAGCUCACGCUAGUGCUCUCGAUGCUUUGGGGCUUUAUUUCUGUUGGGGUUUAGUUCUGGGUAGGUGUUUUUUUUCCCUACCGAGCGGGAGGCGCCCCGGGGCCGGCCGUGGCCUGCUCCGCUGCGCCGGGUUGGCCCGCCAUCUUGUCGGCGUCCCCUCAGCGCCGCGGCGGAAGUGACGCCUGUGAGGCGCGCCGCGCGGAACAGGCGCCGUCGGCGACGCGCGGUGAUGACGCCGGUCGAGGCCCGGUAGCGGCGGGGGACGCGCUCGGCCGGCCGCCGCCAUGGGGGGAGGCGACCUGAACCUGAAGAAGAGCUGGCACCCGCAGACCCUGCGCAAUGUGGAGAAGGUGUGGAAAGCCGAGCAGAAGCAUGAAGCCGAGCGGAAAAAGAUCGAGGAGCUGCAGCGGGAGCUGCAGGAGGAGCGAGCACGUGAGGAGAUGCAGCGAUACGCAGAAGACAUGGGCACUGUCAGGAAAAGAGAAGAGAAGUUGGAGUGGAUGUACCAGGGUCCCGGAGGCAUGGUGAACAGAGAAGAAUAUCUUAUGGGUCGCCCAGUGGACAAAUAUGUCUUUGAGAAGACAGAAGACAAGGAUGCAGGCUGUUCCAAUGAGACAGGACUUCUCCCAGGCUCCAUUUUUGCCAAGACGGGCGCUAAUUCUGUCCUAGAUAUGGCAAACAAAAUCCGUGAGGAUCCGCUUUUCAUGAUAAGAAAGAGGGAGGAGGAAAAGAAGAGAGAAGUUUUGAAUAAUCCUGUUAAAAUGAAGAAGAUCAAAGAAUUGCUGCAAAACAGUUUAGACAAAAAAGAGAAGAAGAAGAAGAAAGAGAAGAAGAAGAAGCACAAGAAACAUCGACAUCGCAGUUCUAGCAGUGAAAGUGACAGCAGUGAUGAGGAGCGAGGCAAAAAUAAGUCUCAGAAGAGGAUGAACAGUUCCUCCUGGAAACCUGCUCCUUCCAAAGUCCCAGGAUAUGGUUUACAAGGUAGAGACUCUGACCAGAGCCAUAGGUCUCGGAGCUCUCCAGCUGCCGGCCAGGAGAGGGCCCCCCACAAGCAUCGGGAUCGCUCGAGGUCCAGGAGCCAGUCCCGCUCUCCUCAGAGACGCUCUAGCAAGAAGAAUUCAGAACAAUUUGGAUGCAGGGGGUCAAGAUCUCCUUCUAGACACAGUAAACAACAUAGCAGUCGGGACGAGAAAGGGAGAGCUAGAAGCCCUUCCCCUAAAAAGAGCUAUCGACGGCAGCAUACUCCAGGUUACACAAGAAGGAUCUCUCCAGAGGAACUAGAGCGUAAACGCCAGGAAAUGAUGGAAAAUGCUAAGUGGCGGGAAGAAGAGAGAGCAAACAACCUCAGGAAACACCGAAAGGAGGAGGAGCUGGAGCGAGAACUGGAGAAACUCGACUCCCGAGAUGGGAAGUUCUUCAAUCGCUUAAAACUAGAGAGUGCAUCUACUUCCACCCUAGAAGAUCGGGUGAAACGCAAUAUCCACUCCCUUCAGAGGACUCCUGCUGCCUUGGAAAAAAACUUUAUGCAGAGAUGAAACUUGUUCUUCCUCUGCUCCUGUGCAGAAGUUAAAUGGACGCUUAUUCCCAAAGGUGAGAGGCCUCCAGCACAGACUCGCUGCUCUCUACAGGAACAGUUACCAUCUCCCAAAGAGGCACUGGAUUUCUGUGCUGCAGCCCACAGCGUGUUCUGGACUUCUGGCAUUGUGAACACAUUUGUAAUGAGUAUGACCUUGCAAGCAAACCUUUGCUGGAGAACUCAUGAGCCUUUGUAUUCUAUUUUUAAUGGAUUGCCAGAUCUCUUCCUUCUCUCUCCACCUUGACCGGUGUCAUUUUUGUAUAUUGUUAUUACCAAAUUAUGCCAGGUGGUAACUGCUUUCUACAUUGGGCAGAUUGUCCGAGCUCUUUAUAUGACAGAGCAAAAGACCUAUUUUUGUUAGUCCUUAAAAAAUCGGAGGCUGAACAAAUUCACAUGUGAGUUAGUUUCAUGGAAUUUGAUAAAGCUGCAUGAGUAACGGACAAAAUCCUGUUCGAUACUGUCACCAUUUCAGGUGUGGGUUUGGAGGGUGGCGUUAGACAAGUCUGCAAAAUCUCUGUAGCCCGUUAUUUGGUUGCUCACAGAUUUGAAUGGUGUCUCACCCAAAGGAAGCUGCUCCAAAGGGAAAGGAAAAAUGAGCAGAGCAUAGCUGAUACAGCAGAUAUUUCUCUGGGAUUUUGUAAUGUAAGUAAUGUGUAUAUGUACAGCAGUGUAGAUUUUUUUUUUUUUUUUUUAACAUUAAGAAACUUUACUGUCAUUUUAAAA